CAUGACGUUGCUGACUGUCUACCUCAACUGCUGCCUCCAACCAUCUCAUGCAUCUCCCGUAACUGUAAUGGCACCCAGCUCGGUAUCUGCAUAGCCAUUGAAGUUCAAGGAUAGAUUGUUCAUUGUGGACCAUGUGGAGUCACUUUGGAAUCUCACUUUCCCAUCUUGGGAUGGAAAGCCCAAGGCUGGGGCUACAACCCUGCAACACACUCAUACGGCCGAGGUCUUCAUCGUGGCUCCUGGCUCGGCCAGCACCGUUGUUGACCAGGGCUCGCUAACGGCUCGGACCAGAACAAUAUCAACUCUCACUGCAAUGUAUCCAUUAACUGCUGGCUCUCAGCCCUGCGAGCCAACCUUUAGAACAUCUCAAAUUGUGUGUGGCAAGUCUUCAGCUGCAAGAUGUCUAAGCAAUGUCGAGACUGAAUGUGAAGAGUAAGGGCUUGCCUGUAUUUCACUUGGACUUGCUUUGAUAUCUCCGCCAGUUCCGCCGCUCGCAAAUCAACAAUGUCAACUUUACGACGCCGAACUCAUGCAAGAUCAAGAAAGGGGUGUGUAACAUGCAAGGAACGACAUGUUAGAUGUGAUGAACGACUUCCAUAUUGCCGGAACUGUGUUCGGCUAGGCCGUGAAUGUAGUUACACACCUCACAGUUCAAGUCCAGACAGCAGUGUCGACGAUCUGGGUAGUUCAUCUGGUCCGGCAACUGACAUCGGAGAGUCCGAAAUAACUUCAACCGCCUACCUCGCAGCUUCUCAUCAAGCAUGGCUUGCCAGAAACUAUCCAAGUGAUUUUGAAGCAUUCUAUUCGCUUCUCCAGCAGCAAGGACUUUCUCCCACAGAUGUCGCCAUCGUACGGGAAUCUCGAGAGAUGAUGCAGCAACGGUCGAUGACCCGUGAUAUGAUGAUGACCAUUGCUCAGCACUACGAGCCGAAGUACAAUCUCUUAGCAGCCGGAUUUGCUUGUGUGAAACAUGCUGUCGUUGGCUUGUGUGCUUUCACUCACUUUCGCGUAACUCGAAGUCCCAUUGCGGAAGACGUAUGCAUUCGACACCGAGGGUUGGCUUUGAGUGCCCUGCAGAGUGAAAUCGACAACUUUGGGCCAUCUAAUGGCAAUGCUAUUGUGACAGCCUCAGUCUUUCUGUCCGCGACUGCGGACAGCUGGGAAGAAUGGGCUGUAUAUGUUGACGGAUACUCCAAGGCUAUAACACACAUGACCAGCCACAACUUCCCCACAGUCUAUCCAGACUUCGCCACCGACCAACUUCAACUUCGAAGAUGUUCCCUAAACUGCAAUCCAAAUACCCCCACGUUUCACAAAGACAUCCCCAGGAUGAAACAAAACAUCUCUGAAGUUAACAACUCAAUCUUUGACAUCGCAGAUCUGAUCGGCCUUCCAAAUUGGCGAUUGGUCGGAUUCGAAGAUCUCGAAAAACUCGUAGAGUCAGUCUCUGCUACUCUGUGUGAGACCGACGAUACAGAGCAAUAUCACAAACUAUCGGGGUUCCGAUCUUGGCUGUUCUGGAUCGAUAUGAGGAGGACGGAUGAUUCCAUGGAGCAGGUCUUACUUACAGCCCACUUUUACGGGCUUGUUCUUGCUGUGUUACCUGUUUUGCCUGCUCGAUACCUGGAGGUGUUGCAUCAGAUCUGUGUGGAAAAGAUACAGGACGCGCAGGGUGUGGUUGGUGAUGAUAUGGGGGGUGCGGGAUUGGGGAGCUUGCUUGGAUUAACACGAGCUUAUUGGUGA